AUGAGCGACCUCUUUCACCAGACAGAGCUGAAUGCCAGCUUUGCAGACUACACGCGAACCCUCAAUGGAGUCUCAGAGGAGGAGGCUGUCAGGGCUGGAGCCUCGUCGCUGCCUGCUCUGACGCAAGACAAGCCAGCCUCACCUCAUCACUUCUCACCAGAUGCCACGCUCUCUUCCUCGCCCGUCGAUGGAGAGCAAGCCAACGCACGGGUAAGCAGCCGUAGUCGCAGCACAACAAGAAGCCGCACGCGCUCCGCCUCGCCCGGAGUAGCGGCGCAAUCGGCGUCAGCGUCAGCCUUGUCACUAUCACCGCCAGCUUCCUCAUCGGCGGAGCCAGCGCGGCCACCUCCCGCGCCAAUCUCACCGCCGCCAAGGCAUCAAUCCUCUUCCCCUUCGAUGGCGUUGAGCCCACCUCGUGCUCCUCCCAGCCAGGAUCGAGCAGCUGGCACAACUGCUGUGCAAGCCAAGGACGAUGACGAUGAAGAUUCAGAGGAAGAGAUGCUUCCCUCGCAGUCGCAACGCCCAUCCCAGCAGGCCCGACCAUCUCAAUCCGCAGCACCGCCAAGUAGCUUCUCGUCCACAAUGUCACCUCCAGCUACACCUUCAAAGCGUAGAGCAGGGGCUCCCGUCGUCGCCCCGAGCACCAUGCACGCGCCGAGUACCCCUUCGAAGGACGGGAGCAGGGAAAAUGCGGUCGCAGGCCCGAGUAGGGGUGGUAGAGGAGCGAGCUCGUAUCGGAGAGGGUUGGCGAAGAGGCAGAGGAUAUGA